AUGACGACAACUUCAGACACAGACGAUGGUCUGGUUACAGAUGAGCAGUACUUGUUGUAUGAAGGGCUACUGAGUUCAACACGAGCGCUGAUUGCCGCCCUUGGUUGUAUGGGGAACGUUAUCAACAUCUACAUAUUUAUGAAGCUGGGAUUUAACGAAGGCAUGAACUUGUCUUUAACUUUACUCUCGUGUUUUGACCUCUUGUAUUUAGUAACGGUCAUCUCCAGGUCGGUGUCCUUCGUGUUUUUUGCUUACGAGCGGACACAUCGUUGGACUAUGUGGUUUCCUGUCCAGCCCUAUGCUGUGGUGAUUUUCUGUGGGAAUGCUGGAAGAAUCCCACACGCCUUCUCCAACCUGAUGACGACCUUCGUGGCAUUGGCCAGGUGCGCCAGUGUGGCCAAACCGCUACAGUUUAAACAAACAUUCAGCCAACAACUCACUGUAAUAUGGGCGAUAAUUUUUGUAGUAUUUGCAGUAGUGAGUUUCAUCCCUGUGCAGGUUUUUAUGGGAAUCAUCCCACAAUUCGACAAGGACGUGAACUUGACAAGACCAGCGCUGUGGAUUUCACCACAAAGAAAACAGGUCAGAGAUGCAAUGGGUGUGAUACGUGACGCUUUCAUUCCGCUUUCCACCCAACUCUUAAUCUUAGUCUGCCUAAUUUUAAUGACAAGACGCCUAAAGGCAUCUAUAAAGUUCAGAUCUUUUCAUUCAUAUAAUGAUAUCACCACCGUUACAAAAUCUAAAGGAAGCUCGCCUACAAAACCUGGUAAAGAACUACAGGUGAUUCAACAGGUGGCGCUGAUCUGUAUGGUGUACAUCACCUGCAACACGCCCACCAUCCUCAUCAACUUCACUGGUCUGUUUGUGCCCGAGUUCUCUAUAGACAAUACGUUCCGCAACAUGUAUCUGCUAAUGACGGGGAUCAAGUACUUUUUUCAAACCAUCAACGCCAGCAUCAACAUACUUGUGUACCACCGCUACAACAGCAGAUACAGGCGUAGAUUUCCUGUUUGUAGACACCGUGACUGA